UUUGAUAUUUAAAUUCUCUUGACAACAUUCUUGAAUACGGUUCACGACGCCAUGGGCCGACAAUUAUAGCCAAACGGUCCCUAGGGACAUUACCCCCAAAUCUCCAGUCUGGGGACUUGGUCUGCACUUUUGUGUAGCCUACGAAACUUCGAUAAAUUCCAUAUUCAUACCCUCUCGCAUCUGACCCUGCCAUCUUUCCACUACCAAAGAACUUGAUUUGCUCCAAAGUUGAGAUAAUAGGACGUCUCUGGAGACAAAUCGAACUCUUACAUCUAGGUCAUUUAGUACAUCCUACGUCGCGAACACAUCUAUAAACAACUCCUAUUAAGGUGUGGUCACUGCGUCACCACCAUCGCCAAAAUGACGAAUCAUCAGAUCGACUCGACCAGCACGAACAUGUUGGCACUGUCUGCGCAAGGGGCGCACGUGCAUGCGCUAGAAGAUGAGGCUGCAGCUGAAGUUGACGAACCCCCCGACGAUAGUCGUGGUCGUGCACAGCAUAGAGAAAACCAAUUCAAGAGAAGCGCAAUAAAAAAAGUAGGAGAUAACUCGAAAUCUCUACUAACCAAGGCCCUGCAUGAUUCCGAGGAGGCAACUGUUGUUGGUCUUGACCUGGACGCGUCGUCUAGAAGACGAUCGAUGAACAGCAAUGCUAGCCUUGCAUCUACGGCUGACCUUACAAGUGAUACCGGACUUACAAGCCCCGCGCGCACAAACACACCCAGUCCCCCACCACCCGUUAUAUCCCUCUCUCGGUUGAAUUCGGAUCUCUUCUUUGACGCAAAGCAAAGACUCAAUCGACUUCACGAAACCCAGCAAAUUACACCUUCCGUCAAAUCACGUGGACCAAUGGGAAAUAACGGAGAGUCGAAAGCUCCUACAGUGGAGGCUUUACCCAAGAAACGUUGCAUUUCGUUCGCAUGUGGCCCGAAAGCUGAGGUGAAGAAACCAGCCUCUUCGCUCCAGCCCAUCGAAUCCAAGCCAGCCAUUGAGGAAAAACCACAGAGAAAGACAUGUAUUAAAUUCGCGUGUCCCGCCAAGCCCACUACCCGAACACCGCCAAAAUCUGAUGUGCAAGAGACGGCGAUCCCCUCAGCUAUCCAAUCAUUAAAGGAAAAUGAUGGCUCUCCUAAUACCGUGCGCAAAAUUAGAUCUUCUUCAAUUGGCCGUGGCCGGACUCAGAAGGCCUUGGCCACGCGACUUUCAUCUCGCAGCCCCAUGGCGGUUCGCCCAGCCAAAUAUUUGACUGCCAACCCAGGCGACCUGAACAGCGAAUCUUCCCGUUUCCACGAGUUCGCAAGCGACGAGCCACAAGAGGAAGACUGGAUCCGCCUAAACCUUCCAGCAUCCGGUCGUCGGCUAACCAUCAAUGACACGCUUCGUAAAGAAAAUGAAAUUCGGCGACUAGCAAAGGAAGCUGAGGAGGAGGAACUAGAAGAAGAGGAGGAAGAUGAUGAUGACCUUAAUGGAGAUGAUGAGGAUGAGGAUGAGGAUGAGGAUGAGGACGAGGAUGAGGACGUUGACAAUGAUGAAGACCAGGAUGUGGUGGACCAUCCAGGUUGUAUCUUGGAAGAGGAUGAGGUGGACGGAGACGACGAUAUUGAUGACCAAUCAGGCUAUGGAUCCGGUGACGACGCUUCAGAUGGAUACAACACGGAUAAUGAAAUUGGCUUUGCCGAUUCUGAUGAUGAUGAUGAUGACGGCGGAAACUUGGAGCUGUGGACUCCCAGUCGAGGCCCAGUCCUUCGACUCUCCGGUGACACGCCUAUGUACCGCCGACCAUCGAUUACGGGUAAUCGGUCUGAUUCUUCUUCUUCUUCGGAUGCACACCAAACCCCUAGCAGGCGGAUACGGGAGAGACCUCGUCGAAUCAAAAUGCGCCCUGGCACACCUGAGUUGCCCGACAGCACUGAUUUUGUCUGUGGCACGCUAGAUGAGGAUCGUCCUCUAGAAGAUGCCUACAUCUCGUGUAUCGCUGCUAGACGACGGGAGAAGCUCCACCCGAUUCCCCAAGACAUUGAUCCGAGUUUCCCGACCUCCGAACCGGAGGACGAAGAUAUCGAACCAAAUUACGCAGCUCAUGAAAGUGAUGUGCAUCUAUCUGAUGAUUUGUUUCAUGAUCAUGAAAACGGUGGCGAACGUCGCAAGAAGAGGACUGAUAUAAUUUCGCCUAAACGAUACCAUUCUCCACCGCCUAAACGCCAUCAUUCUCCCCCCAAGCUUCGGGGUCGGUCGCCUAGGCGUUUGUUUGACAGACAAUCACCGCGUCGGCCUGCGUCGCCUGCCCCACGACCUGUGGUGCGAUCUCCUCCCUCGUCACUAGUAUUUGAUGCAAACCGCGGAAAACAUGAAUUCAAGAGUCUCGCGUUCCGACCCGGUUUGACGCACACCAAAUCCCUCCCUCGGGCUCCGGCAAUGUUCCCUCAUCACCUGAAGGCUCACCGCCGAACUGGAAAGCUUUCGAAUGCGAACGCGAAGGGUCAUGUACGUGGUGCUAUUGAUAUUGUCAAGGGUCUUGAGCAAAAACGGCAACGACGGAAGGAGAAGUUUAAGGAGAAGUAUCUCCAAAAGCAUUGCAAUAGAGCGCGAAAGGGCCAGGUUACUGAGAAGAAGCCUCAGCCUGGCCAGGGCGCGGAACGAAUGCGGGAGAUCGGUCUUCUUAUGGCUGGAAAGCUAGGCCCGGACCAAUUUGUCCUGUCCAUCUAGUAGAUGGAGGCCUUAGCUAUGCGGCUUGUUCAACACAACAAGGGCUGGCCGCGGAUUGUUAUUAUUGCUGUCUUUCACUGCACCUAUUUUUCUCAGAAAGGGGGCUUAGGAUUAGAUUUACCUAGGCUUGCCCAUUGUAUAUAACUUUAUACCUUUUUCUUUCCUCGCUUUCAAUGAAUAUCGGCGUAUUCGACACGAGCACAGGGGGGGCACACAUGCUUCCCAUUUCACUGGCAUUGGGCGGAGAGCAUUGAAUCAAUCAGGAUACCACUUGGGACGGCACAUCAGCAUUAGGGCGGCGAUCCGGUGAUAUACUUGAAAUUGAACAUAUCUUUUAUGAUGUAUGAUAUAUAUAUAUAUGUUUUAUUUGGACCGUACUUAGUAGCAACGACUCUUGUCAUUCUCUCACGAUGAAUUAUAUCUAUGUUUUUUUGGCUUCGAAACAAAUCAUUAUCCCCCAAGUGCCUCAGCUAUUUACGAUUAUUUAAGAGUGAGUGAUAGUAAUAUCUGCUCCCCGGAUUUUUAAGUUGUCAAAGAUAAGUCGCCCAGCCUGAGAUGUAAGUUUUGCUGAAGCGGCUCGUACUACCUACCUAGAGUUAGGGUAUUUUAGGUAUAUAACAUAACUUUGGA